AGGAGGGGAAGUGCGAUUGACCUUGAAAGUGCACGUGAGUUGUCAAAACACCGCAAAUCGGAGGAUUUUGCACAGCGAAUUAUUGGGGAAAUAUGUGGUAAUUUGAGAAGAAUCCAGUGGAUUGCAGCAUCAGCGAUAGCGACAGGAGGCGAUAAAGCGAAGGAGGAAGCGAGAGAAGGAGAGAAGAAGAAUGUUACGGCAUCGCCAAGUGUGCGCAAAAUCGUCAGUCUCGAGUCAGACUUGCUCUGGGGUGAUCUUGGGGAGAGUGCAUGAGUUGGCCAUCCAGAAGCGUCUCUCUUCUGCACUGAGUGUUGCGUGAGCGGUUCUGCGUGAGUGCCAUGGAUCCCAUGAAGAUUGCGGUGCCGGAGAUGGACAAGCUCUUCUCCAUCGACGGCUACUUGAGGCUGCACGAGCGGGAGUUGAGACGCAGACACGGCGUGAUCAAGGACUGGCUGGACAAGAUAGCCAAGAAUGAGGAUGGCGGCGUGGAUGGCUUCUCGCAGGCCUACAAGUACUUCGGGAUACACGUCCAGCCGGACAAUGCGGUUGUGGCGCGAGAGUGGGCGCCGGGGGCGCAAGAAGUCUUCCUCACGGGUGACUUUAAUGGGUGGCAAUGGGAGGCGACGCCGUACACGAAGCUGGAAUUCGGCAAGUGGGAGCUGACGAUUCCGCCGAAGGAGGACGGCUCGUGUGCCAUCCGACACCUGUCGGAGAUCAAAGUGAUCGUGCGCACGCGGGAUGGCACACUGGUGGACAGACUGUCGCCGUGGGCGAAGUACGUGGUGCAGCCGCCCAAGGAGGCCAACCAGGGCACGAACUACAAGCAAUACCUGUGGCAUCCGCCACCGCAUGAGAAGUACAUGUUCCGCUAUAGCCGUCCCGCGAAGCCCAACUCCAUGCGCAUCUACGAGUGCCACGUGGGCAUCGCCACGGAGGAGCUGGGCGUGGGAAAGUACAGGGAGUUCGGCGAUAAAAUCAUUCCCAGGAUCGUGCGGCAGGGCUACAACGCCAUCCAGGUGAUGGCCAUCAUGGAGCACGCGUACUAUGCCAGCUUCGGCUAUCAGGUGACCAGCUUCUUCGCCGCCUCCAGUCGCUACGGCACGCCAGAUGAGCUCAAGUACAUGAUCGACAUGGCGCACAAGGCGGGCCUGUACGUCCUGCUGGACGUUGUGCAUUCCCACGCGAGCAAGAACGUGGCGGACGGCCUGAACAGGUUCGACGGCACCAACACGUGCUUCUUCCACGACGGCGCGCGCGGUGAGCAUCCGCUGUGGGACAGUCGCCUGUUCAACUACACGGAGUACGAGGUGAUGCGCUUCCUCAUCUCCAACCUCCGCUGGUGGCACGAUGAGUACAACUUUGAUGGCUACAGAUUCGACGGCGUCACGUCCAUGCUGUACCACUCGAGGGGCGUCGGGGAGGGCUUCAGUGGGGACUACAAUGAGUACUUUGGCCUCAACGUCGACACGGACGCUCUGGUGUAUCUCGCUGUGGCCAAUGAGAUACUGCACAAUCUGGACAAGGAGAUUACCACAAUAGCCGAGGACGUUUCCGGGAUGCCCACGCUCUGUCGGCCAGUGUCUGAGGGUGGUGUUGGAUUCGAUUACCGCCUGGGAAUGGCGAUUCCUGACAAAUGGAUUGAGUAUCUUAAGGAGAAGCGCGACGAUGACUGGAACAUGGGCAACCUCGUGCACACCCUGACGAAUCGCCGGUGGAUGGAGAAGACCGUGGCGUAUGCAGAAUCUCACGAUCAGGCACUGGUUGGCGACAAAACGCUGGCCUUCUGGCUGAUGGACAAGGAGAUGUACACGCACAUGUCCACCAUGUCUGGAUCGUCGCUCAUCAUCGAUCGCGGCGUGGCGCUGCACAAGAUGAUCAGGCUGAUCACGCACUCGCUCGGUGGCGAGGCUUAUCUUAACUUCAUGGGCAACGAAUUCGGCCAUCCCGAGUGGCUGGAUUUCCCGCGCGUGGGCAACAACGACUCCUAUCACUACGCCAGGCGCCAGUGGCACCUGGUGGACGAUGAAAUGCUAAAGUACAAGUUCCUCAAUGAAUUCGACCGUGCCAUGAACAUCCUAGAGCUGCGCUACAACUGGCUCUCCAGCCAUCCGGCGUACGUGAGCUGGAAGCACGAGGACGACAAGGUGAUUGUGUUCGAACGCGCCGGGCUGCUCUUCGCCUUCAACUUCCACCCUUCGAAGAGCUUCACCGAUUACAGGCUGGCCGUAGAUGUGGCGGGAAGGUACAAGAUAGUCCUGAACACGGAUGAUCCGCUCUUUGGCGGCCACAAUCGCGUGGACGCGAAGGUGGAUCACUUGUCGACGCCCGAAGGCUACGCCGGAAGGAGGAACUUCAUCCAGGCCUAUCUACCGGCCAGGACGGCCUUCGUGUAUGCCAAAUUCGAUUGAGCCCUGAAAAGAGGAGGGAAUAAAGGAAUUAUUCAGUUA